GUUUUCUCCCCCUGGCUCGAAAACAUAUAUUCCAUCAUCAAUCUGAAUAACUGGACCCGGAGUUUGUGAAUGAAAGAAUCGCUGAUGCCACCAAAGGUGUGACAGGCAUGAAAAUUCUUAGCAACUGAUGGCCUGUAGGGUCUGCGGUUUAGUAUGUACAACAAUCAUGUUGUACACCGUUCAGCGACCAAGAUUCAAUCCUUCAAAUUCAUCAGGUGUCAGUGAUGUCCACCGGCUUCAUCACGACGUACCGUCGCUGUGCAAUUCAAAUUCCAAUCCUUUGCACUUCAGAUUCCAGUCGUUGGUUAGCUGUCCUGCAGAUGUCCCGCUUGAAUUGUUCGAGGCGGCUGUUUCGCAAUUGACUCAUCACCUAGAAUACAAUUCGACAUUGAUCUUGCGCUCAGACACCAUCUCAGACUCCGAUACCACCAUCCCAACGCCAGGUAGAGACUCAGGACUAGAGCAGCACUGUACGCUUUACGCCUUUGAAACUGGUGAAUUUGCGGGCCUUCCGUCCACGCUGGUCCUUACACCACUUGUACCCAAAGGAGAGCCUGCCCUACUAUCAUCCUACGGUGUCGCAUCUUGCUUUCCGGUUCAUCCCUUCCAGCAUCACCACAACUUCAGAUUCAGCUUCUGCACAAUCGGCACUGCGCAUUAUGUAAACGGGGACUUCAUAUAAGUAUGGUGUGGCCUGAGUAACUAAUCACGAGACAUCAAAUGUUACGCUGAAGAUUUUCACGGCGAUCCAUCAGUGACAAGGACCAUUAGGAGAAAACAGUUGCUUCGGUACAACAGUAAUAUAACAGACUUGAAUCCAAUUCUUGUUGCAACUUGCGAGUCAAACUACUACUAACUAACCGAUGCUACAGUAAAAUGA